AUGAAAGAAAGAAAUAAUUCGAUUUCCCUUGGUGAUAUUUUGAGUCAUACGGAUGGCCCAAAUAAUCUAAGUGUUGUCAACAAACCAGAAAGAAGUUACAACAGAAAACGGAAAAAGGCAUCGAGAGCAUGUGAUCAAUGUCACCAUAGAAGAAUUAAGUGUGAUUUCAACCCAGAGACGAGAAACUGUUCAGGUUGCGAAAAGACAGAGGAGAAAUGUUUGUUUAAUAGGAUUCCUAUGAAAAGAGGACCAGCAAAGGGAUAUAUUAGGUCGAGAAAGGGUAGUGUCACAAUGUCCCCCCGAAUCAAUGUAUCGUUAACCAGUGCAUUGCCUAUGACUAAUAAUCAACACUUUGUCAGUAGCUUACCACAAUUUUCAAAAGUUCCUUAUUCCACUCAAAGAAGAAGUAUACCACGUAUGAAUCAAAAAAUUGAUAAUCUUUUGCCAAAUAGUCGUCCAAGAAGGAAUUCCGAUCUUCCAGGGCUUAUUCCAUCAUCCGGAUUGGGAUACCCUAAACCAAAUCUCAUACUAACAUCUCCGCGCCGGUGGCCCUUAAUUCCUUCUUCUAAUACAGUAUCAUCCCGACCAGGUUCAUUAUCGUCCUCGUCAAUAGUUUCGGGAUCUUCAUCUUCUUCAGAAUCGCCUCAUUCAUCACCACUUUAUUCAGAAUCACAAUCCUCAUACCCAUACUCCCAAUUUUCUCAAAAUAUUCAAAAAUCGACACAUAAAAAUGGGAGCCAUCGAAAGAGAUUCUCUUCCAUUUUCCCAAAUUUUGAAGAUGAAGACUUAAUUCCAACGACGCUGUUAGAGACCACCACGGCCCAAAAAAACAUGGAAUUGAUUAAUAAAUAUUACAAGUCGAUGCAUCCCCAGUUCCCAUUGAUACCAACUACGAAGGAUAAAUUACUGGAAUGGGGGAUGUUUCCUCAAUUAAACGUAUCAUUGGAACCGAUCUUAGAGGAAAUCAGACAGAAUUUGCUCAUUGGAUUAGAAUUAAUUUUUUUGGAAGAUAAGACAAAUUUACCUGAAUUGCUAGAGAUAUUAAGUGAAAGGAUCUUUGGAUUGUUUCCUGUGGUGGAAGAACAUUUUGAACAAUGGGGGUUUGAAUGGAAGUUUAUUUAUUUGGAUAGCGUUUUGAUAUUGAAUUAUUUGAAUUUAAUGUUGAAUUUCUCCAAUAUGAUGGUUUUGGGGAUGAGUGUGACAAUAUUUAACAUUUUGAAAAUAUACAAAAAUGUUCAAAAGAAAGGUACAUCCAUUGAAACAUUAUUAUUACAACGGGUUUAUUUACUUCUGAUUAUUUUUGAUACUUUAGAGAGUUGUCUCUUGGGGACACCUAAGUUACUAAGUUUUGCCCUAGAUGCAGAGAAAAUGUUGUCAAUCUUUCAAGUAGAUUCUUCAGAUAAUUUGCAUUUGAAGACGUGGGAAAUGUUUGAAUUACUCACGUCUUUAACUUUACACAGAGUUACUAUUUCCAUCUUAACCAAUGCGAAGACGGAUUGUGAUAUUACAAGUAUGAUUUGGGUUCCACGUGAAGAUACAGUUCUCCCCGUUUGUAUUAACAAUGAAUUAGAUUUAUUCAAGAGUAUUCUACUUGUGAAGCAAGAAUUGAUAUCCGCUCUACUAGCAAUAAACGGAAAGACAAUGAUUCCUCAGAAUUUGUUUACCCUUGUUGAUAAAAUUACGCUUAUAAUUUCGCUCAUUUUGAAACUGUUACGAUUGAUGGAGACCGGAGAAAUAUCCCGUGAGGAAACCCCGCGAUUCAUGGACGGUAUGAUACGACAAGAGUUAUCGAACAUUAUCGAGAUCAUCAAGCCGGUGCCCUCGCAAUUAAUAAACCACUUUCUUCAAAAAUCUGCCGAGGUCAGUGACCUACAACAGUUAAUAUUCAAGCUAUCUACUUGUAUGAACGAUAUCGUUCAAAUCACCGGACUACUACGGUUGAACGUCAACGUCAACGUCAACGGCAGUGCGGUGAAGGUGAAAGUGCAGUCUGAGUUAAGGGAGGUUUACGGUGCGUCAUUUACGGAGAGUGGGGACGAUCCCUGUGUCGACAGUCUCGUUGGUGCUGGAUGGUCGCUACUGGACGACACCGAGUUGGGUUGGCUCACUUCGUAG